AUGGUGAGUAUAAAACAAGCUGUGUUUUAUUUGAGCAACCAUUUGGAUAACAUAAAUAGUGCCAAAUUUUUUGAAGAAAAUUAUUUAAUAUCAUGUUGUGAUUGUGGAAUGGUUACUUUAUUGGAUGUGGAUAACAAGAAAUGUAUAAUGAAUUAUAGAGUAUCUAAUUACAGUUGUUUAUAUUGUGAUUUUUUAAAUAGGGAUAAUUUUUUCGUCAAAACAAAAGAAGGGUCAUUAAAAUUAUGGAAUAUAGAACAUGAUACAUGUAUUAUCAAAUGGAAUGUAAAUAAUUUUAUUUUUAUUAAACCGUAUCGAAUAAACAACAAUCAAAUAGUUACUCCUAUAAAUUAUGAUGGAGAUAUUGCUAUAUAUGAUCUAAAAAUUGAGCAAGAAAAUAAUUCACACAACUAUUUUUUUUUAAGCCAAAAAAAAACAAAUAGGUGUGAAGCGAUAUUGAAUUAUGAUGAUAGUAAAGGUUAUAAUACAAAUGACAAUCUUUGUUCAAUUAAUAAAAUGUUUACUACAUAUGAUGAAUAUAAUAAUAAAUGUGAACAUUUGGACGCAUCUUAUGAACAGAAUCAUUAUAAUAUGACAACAAGUUAUAAUAAAUUAAUUAUAUCUUUUAAGGAUAUAAAAAAAUUGAAAAUGUUGAAUCAAUAUAUAUUAACACAGAACAUAAUAAUAAUGAUGAUAAUUGUUAUGGAUAUAAUAAAAACAAAUUAUCAAAAACAAAUACACAGAUGUAAAGAAAUUAUCGAUAUAAAUCCUAUUCAUUAUUUAGGUGAAACAUAUAUUAUGGUUUGCUAUUACCCUUCCAGAUUUUGUUUGUAUAAUUAUAGGAUGACAACGAACUGUUUAAAAUCCUUCAUUUUAAAUAAUAUGAAUGAUACUGUUUUAAGUUAUCAUAUGAAUAAUAUUGUAAUAAGAAGUGAUGAUAAAAAUUUUCUAUCCAUAACAAACAGUUGUAAUAUAAAUAUAUGUGAUUUAAAUAAUAUAAAAAAAAUUGAUCAUAUAUCAUCUUAUAAAUUUAAUUAUCUUAAUUUUAUUGAUUUUCAUAAACUCUCUGGAUUUUUUGCAGUAGCAGAAAACAGUAAAUUUUCUGUAUGGGACAAGAACGCAUCAUAUUAUAAUAAAGACAUAAAAAUAUAA